AUGGUUGCUAAAUUGAAUAGUGACAAAGAAACAGGCGAAGUACAUAGUGCUUCAAAAGAUAUAUCUACAUGCCGACGCACGAACGGAUAUAUGGUAGAAAAUGCUCUUCUCAUCUGGCUGAACUAUUAUGCUGAUGAAGAAGACAAUGAUGUUUAUCGUCAAACUAUUAAAAAUUUGGAACGAAUUAUGAAUAGAGUUAAAAUGUGUAAUAACAAUAAUUCCUUUCUUCAAUUACUAGAUUCGAUACAAAAUGAAACGGUGUUCAUAGUUAUGCCUGGUUAUUUUGCUCAAGAUACAGUGCCUAUCAUCCAUACUAAAUCGUAUCUUGAUUCCAUUUAUAUUUUAUGUGGGGAUAAAGGAAAACAUCAAAAAUGGGCAAAACAAUGGGCCAAAAUUAAAGGUAUUUUUACUCAAAUUCCUUCGAUUUAUGAAGUACUGAAAGAAACAGCUCGACAAUGGGAAGAAAACGCUAUUUCCAUAAGUUUCUCAACAAUAAAUGGUGAUUAUAUAUCCAAUGAACACUGGCAACAACUGGACAAUCUCAAAGAAAUAUUUUUAACGAUUGAUUUUGAAGAAAAACAAAUACAAGAAUUCAUUUAUUACUGUCGCCAAGAGUUUACUGGAGACGAUUAUGAACAAAAAAAUAUUCUUCAAUUUGAACAAGAAUAUCAUGACAGAACACCAAUAUGGUGGUACACAAACGAAGGUUUCGUGUAUCCUAUGCUCAAUUUUGCCCUUCGCACAUUAAAUAUAAAUAUGAUUAUCCGAAUGGGUUUCUUUAUUUGUGAUCUCCAUCGUCAAAUCAAACAACUACAUUCAAAACAAUUUGUGAACUGCUCUUCGAAUGAAAUAUUCAUCGUAUAUCGCGGUCAAGGUAUUUCAAAAAAGGAUUUUGAGAAAAUAACUGAAACCAAAGAUGGUUUAAUUUCAUUUAAUACCUUUUUAUCUACCAGUAAAGAUCGUGAAAUGUCUCUCAAAUUAGCACAGCAAUCUACGUUAAAUCUUGAUUAUACGGGAGUUCUUUUUAAUAUAAUGGUCGAUCCUUCUCAAUCAACAACAUGUUUCGCUUCCAUUCAUGACGUUAGUUAUUUACAUGAAGAAGAUGCAAUUCUUUUUUCAAUGAACACUCUCUUUCGCAUUGAUAGUAUCAAUUCUAUUAGCGAAAACAAUCGUCUUUACGAAGUUAAAUUGAUACUUAUCAAUGACAACGAUCCAGAUUUGUGUAGAUUUACUCCACGUGCCAGAUACAUGAUUACUCCAGAAGUGAAAGGAUGGUUUAAAUUAAAUCGCUUUCUAGUUACAAUGGGUAGAUUCGACGAGGCAGAAGAACUUUAUGAAUUACUACUUAAUGAGACAACGAACGAGAAUGUAAAAGGAUAUAUCUACGAGGAACUUGGAUGGGACAAAGAUUUUCUAGGACAAUAUCAAGAGGCUAUAACAUUGUAUGAAAAAGCAGUCGAUAUUUAUCAAAAACUAGAUCCUUUGAAUAAUCUUUCUUUAGCUAAUGUAUAUACUAACAUCGGUUUAUCAUGGAUGUACAAAGGUGAUCUUCAUAAAGCAUUAUCAUUUCAUGAAAAAGCUCUAGCUAUUCGAAAACAAUCACUUCCACUCGAUCAUUCUAAUCUCGUCAGUACGUAUUACAAUAUCGGCUCUAUCUAUAUCGCUAUGAAUGAUUAUUCAAAAGCACUUUCGUCUUAUGAAAAAGGUCUUGAAAUCCAACAACAAUCACUUUCUGCAAAUCAUCUUGACAUUACUGAUACUUAUGAUAAGAUCGGUAUGAUGCAUUUUUUCAUGCGUAACUUUUCGCAAGCACUAUCAUUCUAUGAAAAAGCCUUUGAAAUCCGACAACAAUCAGAUCCUUUGGAUGAUCUACGUUUGGCUAAAUCUUAUCGAUACUUUAGUACACUCUAUUAUGAAAUGAAUGAUCCAUCGAAAGCGCAUUCUUGUGCUUUGAAGGCUCUUGAACUUGAAGGAUUCGAUGAGAACUCGGAGGAGUUUAUGAGAGCGUGCUCAUUUUAUAACUCUUUUAUGAACAAUAGAAAAAGUUAA